AUGGAUCACGCGGUGAAGGCGAUGUCGGCGCGCGGCUGGUGGGCGCGGCUGGUGGCGCGGCGCCGCUUCGAGUCCGCCGAGCUCGAGGAGCUGUACGCGCGCUACGCCUGCAAGCUGCAGCGCGCCUCCGUCAGCUCCGCGCUGGCGCUCUGGGCGCUGCUGGCCGCCGCCCUCGCCGCUGCCGACGCCACGCGAGGAUGGAACACUGCGCCGCAGGUGGGAAUACUGAGUGCGCACGCAGUCUUGUGCGGCGUUUUGGCGUGGUGGUGUGGACGUUCUGGUGGCGUCGCACCAGAGCGUCGUUUACCCCGCGCGUGUUGGCUGGCUUUAGCGGGCGGAGGUGCCGCUCUUGCUGCUACGCUGCCUUGCUGGGGACCUGGCGCCCCGGCCGAAGGGGCUACACAUGUGGUCUGGGCAGUAUUCGCUGCUUAUGCGUUACUGCCAGUGGGUGCGCCUGUAGCCGCCGCCUUCGGCAUCCUCCUACCCACGGCACACACUAUCGCCGCCGCGUUGGUUGCGUACCGCUUCCCAUACCAUGUAUGGCAACAGAUGGUAGCCAACGUGGUUGUGUUCGUGUGCGUGAACGUGGUGGGAGCGCUGAUGCACUCGCUGAUGGAGACGGCGCAGCGGCGCGCCUUCCUCGACACACGCAAUUGCAUCGCUGCCCGCCUCGACAUGGAGGAUGAAAAUGAAAAGCUGGAACGACUACUGUUAUCGGUGCUGCCCCAACACGUGGCGAUGGAGAUGAAGAACGACAUCAUAUCUCCGGUGGAGGGCCAGUUCCAUAAAAUCUACAUACAGAAACACGAACAAGUCAGUAUUCUCUUCGCGGAUAUCGUGGGCUUCACGGUGCUCGCAUCGCAGUGCAGUGCGCAGGAGUUGGUGCGCCUUCUCAAUGAGCUUUUUGGACGCUUCGACCAGCUUGCCAACGAUAAUCACUGCCUCCGCAUCAAGAUCUUAGGCGACUGCUACUACUGCGUGUCCGGGCUGCCCGAACCGCGCUCUGACCACGCGCGCUGCACUGUCGAAAUGGGGCUCGACAUGAUCGACGCUAUUGCAUCAGUAGUAGAAGCGACAGAUGUGCAGUUGAACAUGCGCGUGGGCAUCCACACGGGGCGGGUGCUGUGUGGCGUGCUGGGGCUACGCAAGUGGCAGUACGACGUGUGGUCCAAUGACGUAACGCUCGCGAACAACAUGGAAGCUGGAGGAGAACCAGGCCGCGUACACGUAACGCAAGCGACGUUGGAAUGCCUCGGGGGUGCUUACGAAGUGGAGCCGGGGCACGGAGCUAGUCGCAACGCCUACCUGCGGGACCACUCCGUUCAAACCUACUUCAUCAUACCGCCGCCGAGACGACGAAAAAUGUGCUUAUCUGCGGGCGUAGGUCUGGGCUCAGGAUCACGACGUAAGCUAUCUUUCAAGAACGUGUCCAACGUUGUGGUCCAGCUGCUCCAUUCUAUCAAAUUCAAUGUCGACGUACCGUUUUCUAACAUGGCCGCCUCGCCCCAAGAGCUUAAAGCUAACGCUGCUAGGAAGGUGCUGGACCUGCGGCGCGCGCUGCACGCGGAGCCGGGCUCGGCGGAGGCGCUGCGGCUGGCGGCGCUGCGCGGCGACGACGUGAGCGCCGCGCCCGCGAUCCCCGCCCCCGUCCCCGCAGACCCCGCAGCCCCCGCGGCCGCCCCGCAACACCACACCUUCGACGCCGUCAUGCAGCACCACGCCCUGCGCACCCACCCCACGAAUAAAGUGACGGAGAAAUUCAAGCGACCGUUGAAAAAACGUCAUUCCUCUGUGUACCACCAGCCCACUAAUCGCGUGAACAAGUACCUGGCGCAGGCGAUAGACGCGCGCUCUGUGCACCGCGAGAAGGCGACGCACGUGCAUCUGCUGACGCUAUGUUUUAAAGACGCGGAGAAGGAGGCUCAGUACCGUGCGUCAACGGACGGCGGCUGGGCGGGAUCGCUGGGCGCGGCGCUAGGUGCGCUGGCGGCGGCUGGUGCGCUGCAGGCCGCCAUCUUGCCGCGCACCACCAUCUUGUUGCUGCUGUUCGUAACCGCGUUCGCUUGGUCGGCCGCCGUGCUGGCGCUGACACUCGCCGCCCGCCUGCGGCUUAUACCUUGCGACGUGUCGCGCCCGUUUGCGCUCAGAAACGCAAUUACGACUUUCACAAUUGUCCUGGGUUACGCUGUUGGACAGGUGAAUGUGGUAACGUGCCGAGAAAUAGACGUAUGUCGCAACCUGACCGAGAACAUGACAACAAUGGCAGACAUCCGCGCAAAGUCCGGCGACGUUGCCGCCGCGCUUUGGAGUAGUGGUGACCAUCGCGCCUGUCCCGUGCCGCUCUACAUCGCGCUAGGCUGCUGCCUCAGUAUGCUCACCGUGGCCGUUUUCUUGCGUCUACCGAUUUUAGUGAAGGGCAUUCUCCUAGCGGUCAUGACGGCCGGAUACAUUGCCGUGAUGUUGGCGUACCAUAAGGAUCUUUUCGACUGCUACGAUAUCAUGACAGGCGCGGGCGCAGGCGCGGUGGGGUCUGGGAGCGCGGCGUGCGCGUGGACGCUGCUGCUGGCGCUGGGCGUGCUGCUGCACGCGCGCCAGACCGAGUGGACGGCGCGCCUCGACUUCCUGUGGCAGGCGCAGGCGCGCGACGAGAAGCGCGACAUGGACGCGCUGCAGGCGUCAAAUAGGAGGAUAUUAUUCAACUUGCUACCCGCACACGUGGCGACGCAUUUCUUGGACAAUCAGUUCAGAACAAACAUGUAUAAAAAGCUAAUUUUGUUCUAG